CGUGUGGCGCCGUGGAGGGGAGAGCAGAGAUAUGAGGGGGAGGGGCACGAAAUGUCACCAAUAUCGCAGCCAUGCAUUAACGCCUCACCUACCCCCCUUUGCCCUUAUCACCGUCUCUUUUUCUCUCAGGCCACGACGACGGCGCGACCGUUUCGACCUGCCCUUCACUUCCCACCCAUUGACCCGGAAGCAAGGGGCCAGAUCAUCUAGGAAAUACUUAUGCAGACACCUAAAUCCUCCUAGAUCCUCACCAAAACUCCGCCGCCGUCCGAACAAAGUCCGCGAUAAUGUCCGACCUCCCCGACACCUUCGACCGCCCGGUCCACAUCGCCGUCAUAGGCGGGACUGGGCUCUACAAGAUCGAAGGGUACACGCCGAUCGCGCGCGUGAACCCGCUGACGCCGUGGGGCUACCCGUCGGCGCCCAUCCUGAUCCUCGAGCACGGCGGCGUGCCCGUCGCCUUCCUCGCGCGCCACGGCGUCCACCACCAGUUCGCGCCCCAUGAGAUCCCCGCCCGCGCCAACAUCGCUGCCCUCCGCUACCUCGGCGUCCGCUGUGUCGUCGCCUUCUCCGCCGUCGGCUCCCUCCGCGAGGACAUCAAGCCCAUGGACUUCGUCAUCCCCGACCAGGUCAUCGACCGCACCAAGGGCAUCCGUCCCUUCACCUUCUUCGAGGGCGGCCUCGUCGGCCACGUUCCCUUCGGCGAUCCCUACGACUCCAAGAUCGCCGACGUCGUCCGCCGCUGCGCCGCCGCCAUGCAGGGCGAAGGCGUCGUCCUCCACGGCGAGGGUACCGCCAUAUGCAUGGAAGGGCCUCAGUUCUCGACUCGCGCCGAGUCAAACCUAUACCGGUCGUGGGGCGGAUCCGUGAUCAGUAUGUCGCUGUUGCCUGAGGCGAAGCUGGCGCGCGAGGCCGAGCUCGCGUACCAGGUGAUCUGCAUGGCUACCGACUACGACUGCUGGCACACGACCGAGGACGUUGACGUGUCGAUGGUCAUGCAUUACAUGGAGAGCAACGGCCGCAACGCGCGCCACCUUGUCGGCGCCGUACUCGACGAGCUGUGCAAGCACGAGAACAGCGACCUCGUCACCGCCAAGCACUGGGAGGGCACCAGCAAGGGUGCCGUCAUAUUCUGCACCAAGCCCGAGGGCCGCAACCCUGAAGCUCUCAAGAAAGUCGAGUACCUGUUCCCCGGGUUCCUGGAUUGAGCAAUAGGGGCUUCGAGAAGGGCAGAAUGAAACAGAAAAACACUAGGCCACAACGGGUUCAACACCAAAGCUACGGUAAAAGGUAGAUAUGCUUAUAUAGAUACCGUGAUAGACUAAUCAUGAUAGACGGAUUGGAUGCGAAACACGAGUCGUCCCUCGAAAU